CUGAAGAUGUAAAGUGCCAAAUAAACUUCUCGGCGAAUAGCAGGACUUCUGGGAGGAGCCUGGCAGCCAGGAGGGUGAGGUACCCUCUCAGCAUCUCUCCUGAGCCAGCGAGGGAGUUGCGCUCUUGCCAUGCUGAGGAUUCAAAUAUGCUCAAAAUGAUGGCAGGAGAAAAAUAGUGAAAUUUAAAGAGAAAUUACCCCAGAAAUGGAUUCACGUCUGAAUGGAUGAACCUAAAAUCGUUGCUUGAUCCCCAGGACGAGUGGGAUUGCCUUUUUCCUUUCUGAGUCUGUCUCAAAGGCUGCUCUUCUGUGCACCGCCAACAUGCCAGUUCUGGACCAAGAGCCCUCCAAGGACUUAGGGGGCAGCGAUGGUCUUCCUAAGCUGCCAGUCCCGGCCCUGAAAGAAACACUGGACAUGUACCUGAGAUGCAUGAAGCACCUGCUCACAGAGGAGCAGUUCAACAAGACCCAAAAUGCAGUGAAGCAGUUUGGAGCCCCUGGAGGAGUGGGGGAGCUACUACAGAGCAAACUCACGGAGAGGAGGGAGAACAAGGCAAACUGGGUGUAUGACUACUGGCUGAAUGACAUGUACCUGAACAACAGACUGGCUCUGCCCGUCAACUCCAGUCCUGUGAUGGUCUUCCCACAGCAGCACUUCAGGGCUCCCAUCGACUCUUUACGGUUUGCCGCACACUUGAUUUCUGGAGUUUUGGAGUAUAAGACACUUCUUGAUUCACGUGCUCUCCCUGUGGACUACGCCCGGGGCCAGCUGGCUGGAACCCCUCUGUGUAUGGAGCAGUACUAUCGCCUCUUCACUUCCUACCGCCUACCGGGGUCUGAGAGGGAUACACUGGUGGCCCAGGAGAGCAGCGUGAUGCCAGAACCUGAACACAUCAUUGUGGCUUGUAAAAACCAGUUCUUCGUGCUGGAUGUGGUAAUCAACUUCCGCCGCCUGAAUGAAAGAGACCUGCUGACUCAGCUGGAGAAGAUCGCCAGGAUGGCUGACAAUGAAGAAGAGCGGCUCCCACCUAUUGGUCUCCUCACGUCAGAUGGACGGACAGAGUGGGCCGAGUCUCGCAGUGUGCUAAUGAGAGAGUCUACUAACAGGGACUCUCUGGACAUGAUUGAGCGUUGUCUCUGUCUAGUCUGUUUGGAUGACGCCACUGGGGUUGAGCAAAGUGACACCACACGUGCCAUGUUGAUGCUGCAUGGCGGAGGAGUGGCCAAGAAUGGAGGCAACCGCUGGUAUGACAAGCCGAUGCAGUUUGUCGUAGGAGCUGACGGCUGCUGCGGAGUCGUGUGUGAACACUCGCCAUUUGAGGGAAUCGUCCUCGUCCAGUGCACAGAGUAUCUACUCAAAUACAUGAUUGGCAGCCCAUCAAAGCUGGUCAGGGCUGCGAGUGUGAGCGAGCUGCCUGCACCACGCAGGCUCCGCUGGAAGUGUACUCCAGAGAUUCACAAACUCCUCACUUCUUCUGCUGACAAACUACAGAGACAGGUGAAAAAUCUGGAUAUGAAUGUCCACAAAUUCUACGAUUAUGGGAAAGAGUUCAUCAAGAAGCAGAAAAUGAGUCCAGAUGCCUACAUCCAGGUUGCUCUUCAGUUAGCCUACUACCGAUGUCAUGGCAGACAGGUGGCGACCUAUGAGAGUGCUUCUAUACGGCGUUUUAAGGAAGGCAGAGUGGACAACAUCCGCUCAGCCACACCAGAAGCCCUGAUGUUUAUCAAAGCAAUGACUGAUGGGAGCUCAAGCACAAGUGAUGCAGAAAAGAUGGAGCUGUUACGAGGUGCAAUAACCGCGCAGACAAAGUACACUAUUCUGGCUAUUACAGGGAUGGCGAUAGACAAUCACUUACUCGGACUACGUGAAAUUGCACAAGAACUGAAGAUAGAGAAGCCGGAAAUAUUCAAAGACGAAGCCUAUCUCAUCAGUAAUCAGUUCAUUCUCUCUACAAGUCAGGUUCCUACAACUGUUGAGAUGUUCUGCUGCUAUGGACCCGUGGUUCCAAAUGGAUAUGGAGCGUGCUACAACCCUCAGUCGGACCACAUUAUCUUCUCAGUGUCCAGUUUCCGUGAGAGUGAGCAGACGUGUUCGGCAAAAUUUGUCAAGUGUCUGGAACAGGGACUCCUGGACAUGAGGGAUCUGUGCAAUAAAUAUAACUCCAGCUCCAAUCUGACCCAGCAAAGACAGGGUCAGACGUUGGAGACGCACACACAAACAGACACAAACUGGCAAAGAAAGACACCACAGAGACCAGCUGACCUGACCAAGAAUCAGCAAACACUGCCACAGGUCGUGCUGAAGACACCAGACCAGACUAAAGUGGAGGCUCAGACCCAGACUGUAGCACUGGGAGAGGCUUUGAAGAACGGACGUCAAUCAUAAGAAACUGACGGUGAAAAUAGUGGUGGUGUGAUUUUAAAUGUGUGUUUUGUGCUGCAACAAUGUAACUGUGAUCCAAAAUGUCACGUAAAGCUGUUUUGUUGUAUCCUGUACUGUAAAAUGUAUGAAGUGCUGAUGAUAAUCUAAUUUACUUAUUCUUAGAGAAUAUUAGAAGUGGUUGGUUCUUACAGAAGAUGUUUUCAGGUGUUGUACCACAAAAAAUAUCACAUAUACUGCAGUGAUUUAAAUGUCUGUCAAAAUGUUUAACUAUAUGAAGCUAAAAAAAUCAAGCCACAUUUGAGUUUUGAUUGUUGUUUUGCACCAAAUUGAGAUGAAUCAGCCAAAGAAAAGAGUAAAUGCAUUGUUUGUUAAAGCAAUCUAGGAGUCUGUGAGUUAUGAUAAAUGGCUGAUUGUCUCUGUAUAUAUCUAUUUGCAAAUCGCAUGCUGCUAUCUAAUGAUUUUCUGAAGAUUAAGGUACACUGUAUAACUACAAUCUUCUAUGCAAUUAGUGUUGUCUUCAUAAGUUGUGUCUGAUGUGCCAACAAUACAGGUACUUAAAUGUCUACUAAAUUUUUUUUAUAAAGUUCACUAGACAAUUAGUUCAUAUUGUACUGGAAAAAAAGGGAUACUGUUUAGUUUAUCAAAGAAUGUUAAAUGUGAUUAAACUGUGUAUUUGUACAUUUGUGAGCAGAAGAUAUCAAUUAAGUUAUUUAUUUUUGUAUGAUAUAACUUAAUGUUACAAAGUGUAAAUGUAAGCUAUAAAAGUAAGUACAGGAAACUUACUAACCAGAGGUGAUCACUGUGUUUAUGACUGUCCAAAUAUUGUAUUUAUUAAGUAUUGCUGAACAUUAACAGAAAAAAAAGCUAAUCAUAUUAGGGCUUAAGUUCAUUUUGCUGUUUACAGAGUAGAUACCAUGUUUAAGUUUAAAAAAAAAAAAUCUCUUCUAAAUGUGUUUUGUGAUUCACAUAUCCAUUUAGUGCACAUGAAGCAGCUCUGUGUGUCUCUACCUGCUCUGAAUUUAUGGAGCAGUGGCAUUAAGGAAUCAGAAUAUGUCCAUUUGAUUUAUAAAAAAAAUUAUGUAUUUAUUUUUACAAAGACAAUGCACAUUAAUCAAUACCACUGUAAAUGUGCCAGCGUUAAACAGAACUCUUGGAAUUAUAUGAAUUUAUUUAUUUUUUUGUAAAGUAUAAUUAUCAUCAUGACAUAGUAAGUUAUAUUAUAGUUUCGUAUCUGUGAUA